UCCUUCCAAAAGGCCAUUGUGUUGCUUCACAUAAUUACAUUCACACACCACUGGGAGUGCACUUGCCUUUGCUAGUCUGCAAAGUCCCCAACCUUUGUAGAAAAACAAUUUCAGGAACUCCCACAAGACUCAUUAAACAAAACCCUCCAUUUAACACCUUUCAUUGACAAAUUCAAUCAACACCAUUAAACCCUCAACCCCAAUACCCCAACCAAUCAAUCUUGUUUUAUAUAAGGAGAUUUCAUACCAAAUCCUCUAAGCAUCAAGACCCAUUUCAAGCACCGAGCCCUUCUACAAAAAAAGAAUGAUGUUUUCUUGUAGGCUUCUCUUCUCUCUCUUCCUUCUGGUGUUCUUCAGUAUCAAUGAAGUAAGAUUUACCCAUGCAAAUGCGGCGGCGGUGGAGAACGGAGCGGUGGCGGAGAUGGUGCCAAUGGUGGAGGCGGAGAUGGUGGUGGAGUUGAAUGAGACGAGGCGGCGGCUUGGGAACUUCCAGGUUUGUGCAUUGUGCACUUGCUGUGGUGGGGCAAAAGGGUACUGCUUGCCUUCUCCUUGUUGCUAUGCUAUCACUUGCAACAUACCAAACAGGCCUUUUGGCUUCUGUUCUUUUACUCCCAAGACCUGUAAUUGCUUUGGAUGCCAUAUCUAAGUACAAGUCUCUCUCUCUAUAUAAAAUACUCUCUCUCUAUAUAUAUAUUGCUUGGGGGGUCCUGAAUUCUGAUUCUGUUUGGGUGUAAUGAGAAGAAAAUAUCUGUUCUUUUUUUUUUUCUUAUAGGGGGAAUUAUUCUGGGAAGUUAUUUUCAUGUUAAGUUCUUGCUACUAAUGGGCUCUUGUAUGAGUCACAUUUUGUCAGUUUUUAGUACUAAGAUGUGUGGGAGGAAACCUUUUGCAUGUCUUGAUUAAUGAAGAUUAUAAAUUUAUGUUAUGAUGAAAA